AUGGCUGAGAACAACUACUCUGUGACAAAUGAGUUCAUCCUAGUGGGAUUCUCAGAUCACCCAAACCUGAAGACCCUCCUGUUUCUGCUGUUCUCUGCCAUCUACCUGAUCACCAUGGUGGGAAAUCUCGGGCUGGUGGCCUUGAUCUACAUGGAACGCCGUCUUCACACACCCAUGUACAUCUUCCUGGGCAAUCUGGCUCUCAUGGAUUCCUGCUGCUCCUGUGCCAUCACUCCCAAGAUGCUAGAGAAUUUCUUUUCUGUGGACAGAAAGAUUUCUCUCUAUGAAUGCAUGGUACAGUUCUAUUUUCUCUGUCUGGCUGAAACUACAGACUGCUUUCUUCUGGCAGCAAUGGCCUAUGACCGCUAUGUGGCCAUAUGCAACCCACUUCAGUACCACACCAUGAUGUCCAAGAAGCUCUGCCUUCAGAUGACCACAGGAGCCUACAUAGCAGGAAACCUGCACCCUAUGAUUGAAGUGGGGCUUUUGUUGAGGUUAACUUUCUGCAGGUCUAAUGUAAUUAAGCACUUCUUUUGUGAUGUCCUUCCAUUAUACAGAAUCUCCUGUAUUGAUCCACAUAUCAAUGAGCUAAUAUUAUUUAUUUUGGCAGGGUCAAUUCAAAUAUUUACUAUUACCAUAGUUCUAGUGUCUUAUAUUUAUAUCCUUUUCACUAUAUUCACAAUGAAAUCUAAUGAGGGUAGAGGCAAAGCCUUAUCAACUUGUGCAUCCCACUUUCUGUCUGUAUCAAUAUUCUAUGGGUCUCUUCUCUUCAUGUAUGCCCAACCACAUUCAGUCAAUGAAGGAGAUAAAGACAUACCUGUAGCUAUUUUCUAUACCCUAGUAAUUCCUUUAUUAAACCCUUUCAUUUACAGUCUAAGAAAUAAGGAAGUAAUAAAUGUGAUGAAACGAACCAUGAAGAAGAGAUGA